AUGGGGUCCGCUCUCCAGUCAUUCAUGUCCUACCUGCGACUCCCUGUUCUCGUCUCCUCUGGCGUUGCGGCGGUCCUGAGCGGUCUUUUGUACUUCAAGCAAAAUGAAAUCAUAUAUCCAAGGAAUUUCCCUCCCGAUGCGAGGACAAAUGUUCCCAAACCGUCGCAAUUCGGUAUUUCAGAUUUCGAAGACCUGAUGAUACCAACCCCCGACGGCGAGACCCUAAACGCUUUCUUCCUCCGCGCGAACAAACAGCAUGCACGUAACAUAACGAUAUUAAUGUUUCACGGCAACGCAGGGAACAUUGGAUACCGGCUGCCCAUCGCCAAGAUUUUGCAGGAUGAUAUAGGUUGCAACGUUCUCAUGCUUCAGUACCGUGGGUAUGGUCUGUCUACGGGAACACCAAGUGAGAAGGGUCUCAUGAUCGAUGCGCAGACUGGGCUGGACUAUGUGAAGAAUAGGACUGAACUGAGACGCACACGGAUUGUGCUGUAUGGUCAAAGCAUUGGUGGAGCAGUGGCAAUUGGGUUAGCAGCAAAGAACCUACAGCAGGGUGUCAUUUCGGGGAUAAUAUUGGAGAAUACUUUCACUUCUUUACGGAAACUUAUUCCGACAGCAUUCCCACCGGCGAAAUACCUCGCACCUCUCUGUCAUCAAGUGUGGCCGAGCGAAGAUGUGUUGCCACGAAUAACCAAAGUGCCGGUACUAUUUUUGAGUGGUUUGAAGGAUGAGAUCGUACCUGCAUCGCACAUGGCCAAGCUGUACAAGGUGUGCCGAUCGCAGAUCAAGGUCUGGAGAGAACUCCCGAACGGUACGCACAACGACACUGUCGCAGAGCCUGGGUAUUUCACAUAUAUCAUGGACUUUCUCUCCGAGCAUAUCGCGAAUGAGGAUUGA